AUGGAAACCUCUUCGUUUGACCCGUGCCUUCUGAUCACGGCAAACAACAUCGCCGACAAGGACCUGUUUGGCAUCGCGGCCUUGCAAACGGAUGACACAUUCAUUGUUGGCACAGAUGCAUUUCUCAAGAUCGAGGAGAAAGAACUCUGCUUUAAGGCCAAGCCAAAGAGAUUCUCCAAGAAGAAGGGCCAAGCCCAAAACCUCGAGGAGAUCAAUCUUCAGGCAUCAAGUAGGCAUCAGGAUUAUGCUGCUCAACGCGCCCGGGGGGCAUAUAUCGCUUCGAUUUGCCAACCCGAAGCAACAUACGAUUGUUCCGUUGCGGCACAAGCCCAAGAGCCCGUUAAUACCGACUUCAAGGCUUUGAACAAGCGGAUUGAAUGGCAGAUCAACAAUCCCGACCGUGGCCUAUGUUACAUACCCAUCGAUCUCGAGAGCGCGAAGAUCUUUGUGUUCACCGAUGGAUCAUUCGCCAACAAUAAGGAUUUAAGCUCUCAAAUCGGCUUUGUGAUUAUCAUCGCCAAUGAGACCGCGCAAUCAACCGAUUCAUUUUCCAUCCGCGGAAACAUUCUUCAUUGA